AUGGCCGAGCUCACUCACUUCGAUAUGCAGCCUCUGCAACUUACCGAGGACUUUCGAGCAGUCACAGUCGCACCCUCAGCCAGCAAACCUUCCCGUUCGCUCCAAGCCGAGCUAGACGCCCUCAACGACCUCCACCACAAGCUCAUCAGCUCUGAGGAAGGCGUCCUCCCCACACGAGUUCCUGGACCGCCUGCCUCGAUUCCCCCUAAGAGGGCACAGGCUGUCACCAAACUUCGAGAUCAAGCCAACGAUCUGUACCGUAAGGGGAAGCACGCCGAGGCGCAGAAGAUGUACACAGCUGGUAUCGAGAUGGCGCGCGCGCGUCCCUCGUGGCAGCCUUGUGCCAUCAGCAGAGAGGAGCUGGGCGGGCUGUAUGCGAACCGCGCGCAAGCCUACAUGGCCGUUGGACAGUGGGCGGAGGGCAGCGUGGAUGCACAAACCAGCGCUGAGCUGCGUAAGAUGGGCAACGCAAAGGCCUGGUGGCGACGGGGCAAGUGCUUGAUGGAGAUGGGGAGACUGGAGGAAGCGAGCGAGUGGGUGAGGCGGGCUUUGGAGAUUGAAGGCGGCGAGGCCGACCUGAGAGAGCUUCUGGAGGACAUUGAGAAGAGACUGGCCAGGGGUAAAGCUUAA